GCUGAGAGAGCGGGACUCGCGGCCAAGCCUAAUCGGGAAACAAUUGAGCGAGGCCGCGCACUGCGGAACCGCUCCGCCGAGCUGAAGUAUGUGAGGCUCUGCUCUGUGAUGUAUUAACAAUGUAGAGCUGAAAGUUGCGGUCUGAUGUAUUACGCGUGUCCCAACAUCGCAAGUUUUUAUACUAUCUGGGACUGGCGCAAAAUGGGUUUGCUCAAUCAUAUAAGGUAGUGUACUUCUCCAACCAGUGAGCCGGUGUAAGCCAACAACAACUCAAAUUUAAUCAACACCUUCAACAUGAAAGCUCAAAUCGCUCUGAACCUUCUCACGGCUGUCUCGGCUAUCGUGGUUCCUUCAAAGUCGGGUCCAUACUCUGUCGGCACCAAGAUUGUUGCUUUAACAGACACUUCGCGCAUGGACCCGUACGCACCAGCCAAUGAACCACAACAUCGCCGUGUCCUUCUCACGUUUUAUCUUCCCGUUGACCAACGAGAAAAUUGUCCCACCGAGGUGGUUCCCUAUAUGCCACCUGCUGUAAAGGCUGCUUACAACCAAUAUGCUGUCGAUCAUGGGCUACCCAACAACACUUUCGACCCGUGGGAGUUGGAAUUCUGCAACCUCGACAAACUGAAGGGAUGCAACAAAAAGCGAAGCUUCCCAGUCAUUACAUUUUCACCUGGGCUUAGCAACUCCCGCUUGAUAUAUGGUGGAAUGGAGGCAUCUCUAGCCAGCCAGGGCUAUAUCGUGGUCUCUAUGGACCACCCAUACGAUGGAUUGAUGGUCGAGUUCCCUGAUGGCACAACUGUUCCUCCUGCCACCAUUGAUGAUAGUGACCCGGCCCAGCUGACCAAAGCGCUUGAAGUCCGGGCUGCUGAUAUUUCAUUUGUUGUAAGACAAUUGCGAAACCACACGCUCAUCCAUCCACUGCUCAAGAAUUACCCCGGCCGUAUGGACUUGUCUCGUCUCGUGGCUCACGGUCACUCCCUUGGCGGCAUGGCGUCUAUUGCUGCUGCGCGCACCGACAAAGCUAUCCUCGGCGCUGUCGAUCUGGACGGUCAGUUUGUUGAGCCUAUCCAGUCGCAAGAGAUUUCUAAGCCGACGCUGCUUUUUGGCCACGAGGGUCAUGAUCUAGGCGAUCCUACCUGGGACCAGGCGUGGCCACAUAUCACGGGCAAGAAGAUCCAACUGUCUAUCAACGGCACCACUCAUGGCAGCUUUGAGGAUCUUCUACGACUUAUGGCGCAGCUGGACCUCCCCGACGCCGUACGGGAAGCCCUCAAGCAGGAAAUUGGCUCCAUUAGCUGGCAGGAUAUGGAUCGCGAUGUGAAUGGUGGCUUGAUGGCGUUUUUCGAUCUCGUCUUUAACGGGAAGAGCAGUCCCCUUACAGGAAUCAAUAGCCGCUACCCCAACAUCACUGUCACCCGCACAAACUUGAACUAGCUAUUGUCAUUCUUUGUAUAAACACAUUUUCU